AUGGACAACUGGUUCAUGAUUAUGAAGGAGAAUUGAGCAUUUCAAUUGAAAGGGAAAGAGCUUCUACUUAAACAGACAAGCUCAUUACCAUAUACCCACAAUGCCAAUGGCUUCAUCUCUGGUUUCUUCCUUACCCACUCGUGCCUUACUUCUCUUACUCCUGCACAUAUCUUUCUCGUUCAACAAGCUGGCAGCAAAACAUGGCCACUUUGCCGCUCACAACCGCCACCACGAACUCCGCAGCCACUCCUCAUCAAAUCAGAGACUCCACCAAGCCUAUAUUGCCUUCCAGGCAUGGAAACGUGUAAUCUACUCUGACCCAAACAACUUCACCACCAACUGGGUUGGCCCUUCUGUAUGCACCUACAAAGGUGUGUUCUGUGCACCAGCUCCUGAUGAUCCCAAAAUCCGAGUUGUUGCCGGCAUUGACUUCAACUUUGCAGACAUAGCUGGUUUCCUCCCCAAUGAAAUAGGUCUUCUCUCUGACCUUGCACUUAUCCAUCUGAAUAGCAACCGCUUCUGUGGCAUCCUUCCUGAAACUUUGGCCAACUUAACGCUUCUCUAUGAGCUUGAUAUUAGUAACAACAGAUUUGUAGGGCCUUUUCCUAUGGUUGUGCUCUCUCUUCCCACACUAUACUUCCUCGACAUCCGCUACAACGAAUUUGAAGGAUCACUGCCUCCUCAACUUUUCAACAAAAAACUUGACGCGAUACUUGUUAAUAACAACCGCUUCAGUAAUACCAUUCCACAAAAUUUAGGUUUAAGCACGGCCUCUGUGGUGGUAUUUGCUAACAACAAUUUCGGCGGCUGCAUUCCAACAACUAUAUACAAGUUUGCAGAUACUUUGGAGGAGCUGCUUUUGAUCAACACCAGUUUGACAGGGUGCUUACCACAAGAGCUGGGAUUUCUCUACAAAUUGAGGGUGUUGGAUGUGAGCUUCAACAAUAUAACCGGUCCUAUACCUUACAGCAUGGCAGGUUUAUCCCACUUGGAGCAACUAAAUCUUGGCCAUAACAUGCUGACUGGGAUCGUAUCAGACGGAGUGUGUAUUCUGCCAAGCUUGACAAAUUUCACAUUUUCUUAUAACUAUUUCUGUGAGGAGACGGGAGUUUGCCAGAAUCUGACAUCAAGAUCGGGCUUUACGUUUGAUGAUCGUCGUAAUUGUUUGCCGGAAAAACCGUUCCAGAGGAGCAAAAAGGAAUGCGAUGCUGUGCUUGAGCGCCCUGUCGACUGCUCUUGCUGUGUAAGUGGUGGCGGUGGUGCUGCUGCUGGACCCGCUUUUGCUCCUGCUAGAGCUGCUUUUGCUCCUGCUGCAGUGCCUGUGUCUUCCCCCUCUAUCGCUCCGAGUUACUCAUAAGCAGCCAUAAAAAAGUUAGUUACUUUCAGAAGCAAAAUAAAACCCAGAUUUGAGUUUGCAAAUGGCAUUGUAAUUACUGUGUGAAGCUUGUAAUAACAUCUUCCAUAAUUAGAAAAGUCAUGUACAUGUAAAAUUUCAAUGAAUUUGUAAGUGUCAAGAUUUGAACGGCUA